AUGCGUCCAAUACCAAUUGUUAUUAGGAACUAUAGGAAUUCAAAUAACCAAGCUGUUAAUAUGGAUUCAAAUCCAAAACAAAGACGAAUGGUUAGAAGAUUCUUUAUUUUUGACAAUUACACAACUGAUGAUUACAUUCAGUACUUAUCAAACUUAUCACUCAAUUUUCAAACAAAAACUCCGGAUGGAAUUCCAUAUUUCGAACUCACAUAUUCAACUGUUUCAAGAGAUAAAGUAGAAAAAGCAGAAAUCCCUAUAAUAAACGAUGAAGAAAACGAUGCCAUUAAAACAUAUACUUAUAUGACAAACUAUACAACAGAUUUAGAAGAUUUUUGGUUUGCUUGCCUUGUUGUUCUUCUUGUUUUAGUUUCAAUUCUUUUUGCAAUAUUCCUAUUUAGAUGCUAUUUAAUGCAUCAACGCUAUAACCAAGAUGAUAUACGUGGAUUUUUCAUCCUUGCAUGCUUGAAUGAACUUUUCUCAAUUGCUGCAUAUCUUAUUUUCCUGAUCUUGUUUAUUUUCACAUUCUUUUUCUUUAUUGCAUUCAAAUGGGCAAAGUCAGUUAAAUUCACAAUUCCAAUCUCAGAGACGCAACAAACUCUAAAUGUAUUUGUUUAUAUUUGUACUGCUUGCUCAUGUUUAGCAGUUGUUUUAAGAGUUAUCUUGCAAUUCGGAACAGAUACAUUUCUUAUUGACUGGGAGAGAACUGGUCGCAAAAAGAAAGGAAAUCCUUUGAGAAGUGUAAUGCUUGCCCAUGAAUGGUUAAAUCUAUGCAUUAGAAGAGACUAUAAUCCUGCUAUAUGCUUGACACUCCUUGUUUUUAUUUUGAACGGAAUCAAAGUUGAAUUAUGGGCCACACCAAUUGCAACUGUUAGUCUAGUUGACACUGGAUAUACAAGUGAUGUUCUCAGAUUUUCAAACGAUUGUUUCUUCUGGAUUUUUAUCCUGAUUGUUAAUAUUAUCUUCAACUUAAUCAAAAAUAUUAUAUUCACAUCUCCAUUAAAGAAAUUUGCUGAUCUUUGUGGAACAAUGAACAUUUCGGUCAUUUCUUUGAUAUCUAAAUCUUGGGGAUUUUAUUUACAUGGAAGACAGGCAUUAAUUCAAGAAGAAAAUAUGCUGAUAUCAACAUCAGAAGAACAAUCAUUGGACGAGUUUGACCAAAAUGAAAAAAGACCUUUAGAAGAAGUCGGUUCUAUUACGAUGAGCGCUGAAGAUAGAGUGUUUGAAUUAUUCCUCUCUCAUCCUUACAGAGAAUAUUUCUAUACACCAUAUAAGCGAGUUCUUGAUAUUUAUAGGGCAGCAAACAUCAAAGAGCCGGCAACUCCAACUGCAAUAACUCCAGAAAGCCGAAUGGAGAUUGAUAACAUGAACAAGCAUUUAGCCAAAUAUUAUGGCGCAGAGCUGGGAAAAAGACAGUAUGAUGUAUUAUAUCAACCAGUUGCAAACAAAGUUUCAGGGUUGCCUCCAUUGGUUGAUAAUAGAUCAGUCUUUUAUUCAGAAAGAGAUCACUCCUUCAGAAAAUCUCUCUUCACAAGCCAUCAAGUAAUGAUGGCACUAUUUGAUAUUAUUAUUUUCACUGUUGUUGACAUAACUAUUCACUCACCAGUAAUUGGAGCUAUAUGCUCUUUCUGCUGUGAUUAUCUAAUUGAAAAAACCUGGAAAGGAAUUGCAAUUCUUAAUUUGCGUAAGAAAGCUUUAUAUGAUAGAAGAUUAUAUUGA